AUGACUGCAAGUCCGAGUCUCCUCGUUAUGUGUGCACCCUUCCUGUACCCGCGCCCACCGCCGCCGCCAUCGAACACGACAAGGCGGACGUGCGGUGACUCCGCCCGCCUGUCCUACGUACAACCCGCGCCGCCGCACCCUCGCGCGCUGCGCGACCGCCUGUCACGACCUGCGACUCGCGCUGUCGUGUCCCCGACGUGCUUCGUCACGGCGAUGUACCGCCUGCCACCGCCCUCUCGUGAGUCGUCCCCGUCCCCUUGUCCCUCUGGGCGUCGUGCCCGCACCGCUCCUGUCCCGUCCGCGCGCCCCCUCCACCCUCUACGUGCCGUGACGUGGCCUUGCCCUGCGCCCGCACCUCUCUCCUCAACCUCCCAUCACCUUCUCUGCAUCGCUCUCGCCGUCCACUGCCGUCUCCGCACCUCUCUCGUCCUCCCAUGCACCAACGCCAUCAUCGCGGCCCCCGACCUCUCCACGGCUACCCUCGCCUCUCGCACGCCCUCGCUGCCUGCAUCCUUACCUGCACUGCCGCCCUCGUUCGACUCGCGCCCACAACCGCUUCCGGCCUUGCGCGGGUUGGCAUCUGCAGAGGGUUCCACUCAUGGUAGUGAGAACGAGUUCCACGAUGAGUGUGCCGGUACAUCAAACAUUCACUGGCAGCUUGCACGCGCACCGAACGUCCAGCCCGCCCAUGCCUCACGCAUCCAGCUCACCCGCUCCUCAUGA